AUGGAGCCAAAUAUCCACCCCGUUUUCGAGUCCAAUACCGGGACUUGGCAGUAUAUCGUUGCCUGCCCGAAGACCCUCCACGCGGUCAUCAUCGACCCCGUUCUCAACUUGGACUUGGCCGAGCACACAAUAACAACUUUCUCCGCGGACGAGCUGCUUGGCAUCGUCAUAGCCAACAAUUAUACCGUCCUUCGCCUGCUGGAGACACACGUCCAUGCAGACCACCUCACCGCGGCAUACUAUCUCCAACAACAGCUGCUGAGGUCAACGGGCCAUACAGUACAGAUAUGUACUGGUCAUCGAAUCAACCUUGUGCAGCAAACAUUUGCCCAGAAAUACCACGUACCGCAAACAGAGCUGGAAAACGCCUUUGACUACCUUUUCGAAGAUGACGAGGAGUUCAACAUCGGCGACUUGACAGCCCGAGCCUUGCACUUGCCGGGACACACACCCGACCACAGCGGAUACCAGAUUGGUAGCAACGUCUUCACCGGUGAUUCAAUCUUCAACCCCGACGUUGGCAGCGCGCGAUGUGACUUCCCAAACGGUGACGCGAAUGCGUUGUACAAUUCCAUGCAGAAAUUGCUUGCCCUGCCGGCUCACUAUAAGCUGUACACAGGGCACGACUACCCGCCAGCCGACUCCGGUCGUGAACCAAUGCCUUUUGUGACGGUAUCCGAACAGCGCGAAUCAAACAAACAUGUUGGCGGAGGAGCCCGGAAAGAGGAGUUUGUCGACUGGCGAUCUAGCCGUGAUUCGACCUUGAAUGAGCCCAAGCUCUUGCAUCUGGCUUUGCAGGUCAACAUCCGUGGUGGUCGCCUACCUCCUGGAUUUGACGAUAGUGCUCGCGUUUUCCUUCAAAUGCCGUUCAGUGUACCUCGGUCUCUUUGUUGA